AUGGGUGUUCAGGUCGCUGGGACAUGGUUCGCCUCCACGACGCCGUCGCAGGCCGCCGUCUUCGCUGUAGUUGUCUCCAUCAUUGGGGCCGGCAAGAGGAAGGGCAUCGUGGGCUGCACGUUCCUUGGGGCUGGCGAAUCGACCAGGCUACUGCAGACUCGGUCGAUGGAGGUUGGGGGAGGCAGAGGAAGGCAGCCGCUUGGACAUGGCUUUUUACGCCGCCGCGCCUUCGGCGCCAGGACCGAGUGCUUCCCUUCUGGCGGCGUCGAUGAUGGUCGGGCGGAGGAGGAUAAUGUGGAGGAGUUUGCUCAGAGGUUGGAGGAAUCGAUUCUCGAGCUUCAGCAGCAACAAGGAAAUGGAGGAGACACAUCCCUGUUCUCUACUUCCUUUUGCCUCAACAUGAGCUCACCGCUGUCGUUGAGCAAGCAAGAGCCUUCAACGGAGCCCCCGUGGGUGCCGGUGAGGUCGGAGCUGCUGGACUGGCCCGGCCAGAUCGUGCCAGCGAGCGUGGAGAAGAAGCAGACUAAUGCACGUCCAGUCAAGAAGGGUAUUUCCUUGAUUGCAGGUACAAGCAGAACUCGGGAAGCUAAAACAAAGCACAAAACCAAACCCGAAUCCAAAGAUGAGUCGGAAUCAGAAAAUGACGACAAGGUGAUUUCCGAGCUAGUAAGGCUUGUACGAAAGAUAUGCAGAAAGAAAAAGGCGACUCAAACAAUCACGAAAGUCAAGAAUGGAGUCACCUCCUAUGGUUGUAACCAGAAGGGGCACUACAAACCAGAUUGUCCAAAUCAGAAGCAACGAAGAAAGAAGGCGUUAAAGGCAACUUGGUCCGAGUCAUCAGAUGAAUCCAAGACCGAUGAAGAAGAACCGAGGAGCUUCCUCGGUUUAACAGUGCAAGCAUACAUUGCUGAAACUGAGUCUGAUUCAGAAUCCGAGAGCGAAUCAGAAACUGAGUGA